AUGACAGCUCCAUUGCGAAUUCCAAGUAGUGAUGGUGGCAAUGAAGAAUGUGGUCACGGUGUGGUGAUCCCCGUGGUACGAGAAGCAAUAGGCAAUAUAGACAAUGAGUACAUGAAGAAAUUACAAAAGCAAGGAACUCACAGAUCCAAAUAUGUUGAUCUAUGUACUCUAGGAUCGUGUAGGAACUCACGGAUCAAAAAUCAGAGUCCCGUAUACUCCGAAUCAAUGAUUCAAAGUUUACGUAAAAUGUUGACUUUCCAAUCGUGCGACCGGGAGCGAUCCUACCACUCUAUCAAGACCAAACUCUCGAAACUUGUUAAGUAUACCUUGUUGGACUUAGAGGAACGUUCGGAUCAGAAAUCGGAGGUCAUGGGCCUCGACGGCCUAAUUGGUCAAUUCCGCGAUUGGGGUCAAACCGACUGUUGGAUCGUGACGAGACUUCUAGGAUGGGUUUAA